ACCGUUAUAAAUAGUUAAACAAAGAUUCUUUGAAGACAGUUCGGUCAAUUGAAUUCAAACAAACACAACAAUGGCUGCCACAUUCAUUUCUCGAAUCUCCCUUCUUCAACCAAACCCAUCUCUCUCUCUUUCACCUCAUCAAUCUCCUCAACUUUCCUCAAAUUUAAGGUUUGAGGCCAAAAGGGCAAAAGGGGUUGUGCUAAAAGCUUCUUCUGGUGCAUUGAAUGUGAAUUCAAAGCAAGGUGUUUCAGUUGAAAAAUCCAAAUCCAAUGAUCCAAUUGUUGUUAUUGAUAACUAUGAUAGCUUUACCUAUAAUCUCUGUCAGUAUAUCGGGGAGUUAGGAGUUCACUUUGAGGUCUACCGAAAUGACGAGCUAACGGUGGAGGAGUUGAAAAGAAAAAAUCCGAGAGGAGUGCUGAUAUCACCUGGGCCAGGAACACCUCAAGAUUCAGGCAUAUCUUUGCAAACAGUUUUCGAACUUGGACCAACUAUACCUGUGUUUGGUGUAUGCAUGGGAUUGCAGUGCAUGGGAGAGGCUUUCGGCGGGAAAAUUAUUCGUGCUCCUUCUGGUGUGAUGCAUGGGAAAAGUUCUCUGGUUUAUUAUGACGAGAAAGGAGAAGAUGGAUUACUUGCUGGACUACCAAAUCCUUUCUUGGCUGGACGAUAUCACAGCCUUGUGAUUGAAAAGGAGAGCUUUCCUGAUGAUGAACUUGAGGUAACGGCAUGGACUGAAGAUGGUCUCAUAAUGGCUGCUCGUCACAAGAAAUAUCGGCAUAUGCAGGGUGUUCAGUUUCAUCCAGAGAGCAUUAUAACCCCUGACGGAAAGACGAUUGUCCACAACUUUGUGAAGCUUAUAGAGAAAAAGGAAGCUGCUCGUUCUUGAAACAAUACUUCAUCAAUGCUGAAUUACUGUUCGAAGUUCGGUAAACCAAAUAGAAUUAAUAAAAAGAAGAAUAAUAGGCAACUUAUUUGUCAACUAGUUUACAAUUCUGAAUCAAAUCAUGGCAGGGAAAAGAAACUUGGCUGUUACAUAUAUUUUCCCUUAAAACUAAAGGAAUUGUUGAGAUGAAACAAGUGUAUCUUUCCUCUCAUGCAUGUGAUAAUCUUUCAGCAGUUCCCAGUUGUCUUUUGAUCUAUUCUAUACAUAUUUUACUUCCAUUCAA